AUGGCUCCUUUUAGAUCGCCAGAUACAAAACAUGAUAUUGCACUAGCACAAGAAGUGUCGGCAGCUAAACCAGUUGGUUCUCAAGAUUGGGAGAUUAUUGCAACAAGGUUAAGCACCUUAUUUUCUACUGAAGACAAACCAGUCGAGUCAAAGGCAGGGUGCGAUAAUUCAAUAUUUUUAGCCGUACCUGACUGGUACUCCGACAACUUUUGCCGCGUACCUGAUCUUGUACAAACUGAAGAGUCAAGACGUACCUAAAGCCCCGUUUACACUACGCUCAAUUUUUGGUACGGCACGGAUAAAAUUGGUACCCGUACCACUUUUUGGUUCUUGGACUACCUAUUUAGCUAAGCUUAAGCCCCGUUUACACCACGUUCAAUUUUUGGUACCGUACCACUGUUUGGUUCUUGGACUACCUAAAUAGGUAGUCCAAGAACCAAAAAAGUGGUACGGGUACCAAUUUUAUCCGUGCCGUACCAAAAAUUGAGCGUAGUGUAAACGGGGCUUAAGACUACUACCGAGUAAUGCGUUUUCAUACCUACGUAAAGUUUACUGGUCCAAAAGCAAAAAAUGUAAUGGCAUUUAUACAACAUAAUAUAACAGUUUUCAAAUCGUCGACGUUGUUACUCGAAUGCCAUCGCUCAUUUACAGUGGAUUUACCAAGGGUUCUAACAGUCUGACCUCAGCUACAUACAGUGUAGUUUUCCUCAUUGGGCCUAAGAAAAACCUGUGGUUCCGGUUUCAUAUCGCGAAAAAUUAGGUUAGGUAUAGGUAGAUAUUUUUUUCAUGGUUUUGGCGGUUUUUUGCUGGGCGAUUUUCAGUAGAGUCCCAACAUCAAUAUUAACUAGAAAUGCGUAGUUCCUACGGACGAAUUUAGGCAAUUUGGUUCAAUAAUUACGACAACAGUCGACAUUUUGGCACGCUGUACGAGCAGCCCGCAACCACCCGGAGAAAAUAGGGUCCUAAUGGGGUUCACGGGCAAAAAAAAAUAGGGUCGGUCGGGAAACCGGAACCACAGGUAUUUCUUUAUAGGCCUUGGUAUAGCAUUGGCAAUUAAGCCCAGGUCACCCCACACAACGGUAACGAUAACUUGUAAACAAGCGGUGAUUGGUCAAAAAAAUUAUAUUGGUGUCCACACUACAACGAAAAUGAUAAAAUUAUCGGCGUUUGACGAUAACGAUCUUAAAAUCGCUCACACGAGCGAUUUUUUUUUCAUUCGGGCGAUGACGAUAAAUUUUUUGAAUGAGCGCAAAGAUAACCUUUUGGCUUUUUUCAUCCCAAAGUAUGUCGGAUGCGUGGAAUUUACAUGUACAGCUAGAGUUACUGACGGUUUUGAAUACUUUGGCAUGUUUGCUAGUUAUUGCUAGAAGGAAAAUGUAAUACGCGAAUGGCAAAUUUCCGCGAACCUACGUGGUACUUGCCUAAAAACAAAGAAGUACCAGACCAUAAAUUUGGCGUACCUCCAGUACGUUGGUACGCGAAUUAUCGCACCCUGUAAAGCGUAGGGCAUGUAGGGAGAGAAUGCAGCGUUUGAUAGAGAAGUUUAAACAGGAAGAUGCCAGAUCCCUGAAGAGGUACUUAACAUUUAACUAAGCCCCUACUAAGGGGCUGUUUAUAUGAGAACUGAGAUAGCCGCUAAACGAGACAACCCAUGUACAGUAGGGUACUUACGUGUAGUUACUAGCUUUUAUGGUCAAAAUUUAAUUUAAUUAAUUUAUUAACUUUGCCCGCAUUAAAUUACAAUAACAAAACAGUGUGGCCGUUUCACCGCAACAGCUGAUUGCCAAUUACUGCGGGCCCAUUUCUAUGUGCUUAUAGUGGGCUGAGAUCUCACUUACCGGGAUGAAUUUUUUUCAUACAAUACAACUAUAAUCUGAACAAAAUUAACUCAUUAAGCUGCAUUGUAUUCCAAUGCACGGUACUUCGUCAUUUUUCCUGUCCAAUGCCAGACAAGUUCACUCCGCAAGGAGAGCACAAGCACUGGCACUCAUCGGCUUAAAGAAACUUUAAACAAAGUGAUCAAAAAAUUUAUGUAAUUUGUAUUUUUUGCAGAUCUGGAACUGAGGAAGAUUAUGGAGAGCUCAGUCAACUUCUCGAAGACAUUUCAACCUACCGCAGAGAUUGUAUUGAAGCAAAACAGAUUCAAAAAGAAAGAAAGAUGAAAAAAGAAGAGGCUGAUAGGAAACAAGCUGAACAUAUAAGAAACUCGGCAAUGGGAAAUUUAGGUAGUAGUACUAGUAGACUUAUUUAUGUUAAUUAUUAAUUACAUGUUGUUGGAGACAUUUAUUGGUUGCUAAGUUAAUUUACUCUCCUUUAACACCUGAAGAAUUACUAACUCAAGUCUCUGACAAAAAACACUAAUCAUUUUCAUUCUAUUUCAGUCCGGAAGCGGUCCCAAUUGAGUUUAUCUGCAGAUGAGUCAUCAGACGACAAUGAAAACAUUUCUUUAGAUGAGGGUGAAAAAAAUAACUCCCAAGAAAGGUAAUUUUUAUUUAAUGCAUAUAUGAUUUUUGUAUUUACAAUGGAAAUGAUAUAUGGAUUAACAAGCAUGUGAUUCUUUUUAGUUUCAAAUCAUACAGCCUUUAAAAUGUUUAGUACCAAACUUAAAGGGGGAGGUGAAGAACAGAAAUACAACAGGGAAUGACAGAGUAUCGUUCUCAAUAAAACCAGUCUAUUAUAUAUUGGAGUCUCUAAAAAUUUACACUCGAGAUUUCCAAGAGAUGUCCCAAACCCAGAUAUUUACCUAUAUUGACAUGCCUUACACAGGCAUCACCUUGGACUAUGCACUGUAGCUCAGUUUUUUAGAGCACUCCAACAUUUUUAGAAAAUUGAUUUCCCCCACAAUCCUUCAAAAAGUAUUCAAACCUGGGAAACAAGUUCUUGAUCUUAAUUUUUGCAGAAAAUUUCACAGAAUCUUUAAGACAAUAAAUUACAAAUUAAACAAUUUUACUGUAAAAUUGGAUCUUAGUUGCAUUAAUUUUAGUUGCACAUUCUAUCUUUUCUGAGGGUCUUUCUGAGGGUCUGUCUGAGGGUCCAGACACUUUCUCCAGAAUCCCAAUUAGGUCUACCCAUUAUCCAUGGUUUAACCGUGACCUCUAUUGUGCGAACAAUUUCUUUUGAAAGAAACACCAGCUAGUUGAAUGUACUCAUGAAAGAACGACACAUAAAUUUUUUAGUCUUAAAUGCAGGUUCUCACUUCCCAGAAAGAAAAUGAAACUAUUUGUGGGUUAUACUUUCUUGUUAAGGUUGUACAAAGAAAAAGAAGAAAUUUUCCAGUAUGAGUGCUUUGGAGAUGUUAAGUGACAAAUACAGGAAAAAAACAGAAUUGAAAGAGAAAGAAUUGAAUGUAAGAAUGUCCGACUUGGAGUUUGAGAAACAAAAGUUCAACCUUGAAUUAGAAGAAAGGAAGCAAAGACAUAAAAUGGAAACGGAAGAACGUCAAGAAAUGGUUGAACUUUUAAAGCAAAAACUCUAG